UGACGGCGGUGUAGAUGAAUUCUAUUAGAUGAUUUUCUUCUUUGACGUCUUGUUUGUUGUUUUGAUUCAUGGGUUUUCAGUUUUGGUGGUGAUUUUGAUUUGUUGUGAAUUUUUUGUUUUAUUUCUAUUGUCUGGCGAACUAUCUUCAUGAGUGCUGGGUUUUUCUGUUGCAGGUGCUGUCCUCGGUGGCUGGACGGUGAUGUGGGCGGUCGGCGGUCCGGGCUGCUCUUCUACUUGGUGGGCAACGUCCUUGGACUCCUGGUGUCCUGCGCGCGGUGGUACGGGCUGUCCCUCCAUGCCAUGGAUGACGUCCUCAGCUUGGCAGGUGAUGUCGUCCAGCUCUUCUCGGCAUCCUGCGGUGUGCGGCGCGACUUCAGUCUUGACAUUCUCGGAGGAUAUUCAGAUCUUGCUGGGAAACGGUUACAAGGCGUUUGGUCGGCGGCAAUGGUUCCUCCCGCGCGAACUCCUCCGUCUCCGACAUCGCUGAUGUGGCCUCCAGGAUGCGGUGUGGUUCUUCCAUAAUUUAUUGGAUGAUACAAUGAUGCAAGUGUGUUGAAACGACCGCAAACAUGUGAAACGGUUAUAUGAAACGAUUAUAAGUGAAUGAUCAGAAAUUGAAAUAGUGUGAAAAAUUUGUUCAAUGAAGAAAUACAAAAAUGUGAUUCAAUAAUAUGUUCAGUGAUGAAGUGAAUCAAAUUAGCAAUAUCGUUAACAUAAAGUGAUAAUAACAUACAGGAUAUACAAUGGAUAAUUAUGCGAUA